AUGGUGGAAAGUGCGGCGAUCCGCGAUAUCACAGACGCAUCUGUUUAUCCUGAAUACGCUCUGCCAAAGCUAUACAUAAAGCUUCAUUAUUGUGUAUCGUGUGCUAUUCACUCACAUGUAGUCAGAGUGAGAUCACGAGAGGGACGCCGUAAGCGAGAGCCACCACCGCGAAUUCGAUAUAAUAAGGAUGGUAAAAAGAUUAAUCCGAAUGUCACGCAAAAGACAACAUAA